UGGUAUUCCAUCCUCGAGCUCUAGCAGAGCCGCUCAGACAAGCCGCACGCGCGCUCCUGUCUACCUCCGUCCCUCGUCUCAGACCGGUAGCUCCGUCUCUGUCCGGAUAAACCGAGCACACUUCGCCGCCUGCUGAGAACACACACACGCCCGGGAACCAUGGAGGCCAUCAAGAAGAAAAUGCAGAUGCUGAAGCUGGAUAAGGAGAACGCGAUAGACCGAGCGGAGCAGGCUGAGGUGGACAAGAAAGGAGCAGAGGACAAAUGCAAACAGCUGGAGGAGGAGCUGCUGGGGCUGCAGAAGAAGCUGAAAGGAGUGGAGGAUGAGCUGGACAAAUACUCUGAGUCGCUGAAGGAUGCCCAGGAGAAGCUGGAGCAGGCAGAGAAAAAGGCAGCAGAUGCUGAGGCAGAAGUGGCUUCUCUAAACAGGCGCAUCCAGCUGGUGGAGGAGGAGUUGGACCGAGCUCAGGAGAGACUGGCUACUGCUCUGCAGAAGCUGGAAGAGGCUGAGAAAGCUGCAGAUGAGAGCGAGAGAGGAAUGAAGGUCAUAGAGAACAGAGCAACAAAGGACGAGGAGAAAAUGGAGAUCCAGGAGAUGCAGCUGAAGGAGGCCAAACACAUCGCUGAGGAGGCCGACCGCAAAUAUGAAGAGGUUGCACGUAAACUGGUGAUCCUGGAGGGUGAUCUGGAGCGUUCAGAGGAGCGUGCUGAGGUGGCCGAGGCGCGAGUGAGGGAGCUGGAGGAGGAGCUCCGACUAAUGGACCAGAAUUUGAAGUCCAUGAUGUGCGGAGAGGAAGAGUACUCACAAAAGGAGGACAAAUACGAAGAGGAAAUUAAAGUCCUGACCGACAAACUGAAAGAGGCUGAGACCCGUGCAGAGUUUGCAGAGAGGUCUGUGGCCAAGCUGGAGAAGACCAUUGAUGAUCUGGAAGAGAAACUGGCCCAAGCCAAAGAAGAGAACCUGGACAUGCACCAGGUGUUGGAUCAAACCCUUCUGGAGCUCAACAAUCUAUAGAGAUCUCCACAGAGCUGGCUGAAGGAUUGCCCGAAAGAUAGAGCAAGACAAAAAAGAAAAAAAACAAGGUUUAACCAAAGCUCCCAGCAUACACACUUACAGAUGAAAUCUUAAUGUAACAUCAACAGUUGUUAAAAACAAACAAACUGUUUAAAUUUGGCUAGUUUCUGUCUACAUGGAUUUGAAAGUUAUCGCUAAUCAGAACACUGGCUAACUGCAGCUUCAGCCUGUACCUCUCACACAGAGCUGCUAGUAAAGGGCCAUAAUUGUUGUUCUAGUGACUGUCAGAGCUCAUGUUGCCCCUCAACAUCAUGCACUACAUAGCAACAAGGCCGCAUGCAGUCGUUGUUCCCUCAGUCCUCUUUUGCAUUUUUAUUUAAACAUGGAGAGAGGCCUCUGGCACAUUUUCAGAGUGUAGUUACAUUUUAAGAGUAAAAAUAAGGAACUGAAACUCAUGCAAGAAAGUCACUACUUCUCCUCGCUUUCUCCUUCAUGCAGCAUAGAAGCAGAGCGUGCAUUAGAAACAUUUUGUUUUUUCCAUUUUUUUUUUCC